ACUAGUGAGUUAUCAGCAGCCAGCUAGGUAAUUAAGUUUUAAAACAAAAGUAAGCCAGUUUACACCAUUUUCGUGUACCUAGCUUGCUAGUGUGUUAUCUGUUUGUAUUGUCAGGUUAGCACAGGUGUUACUAACGUUAGCUAGUUGACAGUAUGGACGUGCUACGUCCAACUCUUAUCAAUAUAAAUGGAAGAAUGUACCGUAGGAAUACAAUUAAAGAAGAACAUUAUGAAGAAGAAGAUUGCUCUUUCAUGGGACCAACGGAGAGUGAAGAUGCAACAGAUGAAACCUGUGACACCCACUUCAUUGAACAGACAGAUAAAGGUUACCGCUGUGCCAUUGACGUCCCAAGUGUUCUUUACAACCCUUCGACAGACUGGCGACCUGUCCAGGGUGUCCCCUGCCUUCGCCGGAGUCAGCUGGGAUGGGCUCCAGCACCCCCCGCGACCCUAGUGGGGAUAAAGCGGUGUAUAGAGAAUGGAUGGAUGGACACGUUUAGAUAUAUCAUUGGGAAAAAAGGAGAAACACGCAAACGUCUGGAGUUUGACACAAAGACUUCUAUCAGUAUUCCAAAACAAGGAGUAGAAGGACAAAUCGUUAUCACAGGUUCCUACAAAUCUGCAGUUUCAUCUGCAGUCACCCGAGUUGAGGUCCUCGUGGAGAAUUUCCGGAAGAAGCAGCCUUUCACGCACUUCCUUUCAUUUCCGCUGAAUGAUUCCAAAAUUCAAGAAGGAUUCCUGACAUUUAAAGACGAGGUGUUGCAGCAAUGUUCACAGGAUCACGGAGUAGAGGGAAGCAUCUUUCAAAACCCUGCAAAGCUUCACUUGACAGUCGGCACCCUGGCUCUUCUGAAUGGCACGGAAGUGAGGAAAGCAUGUGAACAUCUCCAAGAGUGUGAAAAGUUCAUCAGGGACAUUACUGGAGGAAAACCUCUGCAGCUGGAGGUGACAGGUAUAGAGUACAUGAAUGAUGACCCAGCCAUGGUGGACGUCCUGUAUGCCAAAGUCAAUAUAAAAGAUAGAUCUGAUAAGCUCCAGGUGAUUGCAGAUCGACUGGUGGAGCACUUUGUCUCUACAGGGCUGAUGACUAGAGAGUGGGACAGAGUGAAGCUGCAUGGCACCGUGAUGAACACUCUGUUCAGAAAGGACUCCACAGUUGAAGACACGGGCGGGACUGGAAGACAAGCCACGAGUGAAAGGGAGGCUUUUGAUGCCAGAAACAUAUUAAAGAAAUUUGGUGCCUACUGUUUUGGAGGGUUUGAGCUGAACACUGUUCUGCUGUCUCAGAGAUAUUCAACAGACAGCACUGGAUACUACAGCUCUGCAGGAAGCAUCAACUUCUCUUGAGCCUCAGCGGGACUGCGCUCAUUCUGAGGUCUUUGGAUGGAAAGUGAUGCUGGCUCAUGAACAAACUCUUUGCUGACAGAUGGAAGACGAGGUCCCGUCUGAUUUGAACACAAAUGGAUUUGCAGCAAAACGCAAUAACAUCUUUUCCUGAAUCUUUUGUUGAAAUCAGUUGUAAAAUUGGAUUGUUUUUUUCCCUUUCCUUCUGGCAUGGUGUGCUACACUUCAACACUCUGUUUUUAAUUUGUCAGGAAUAAAUAAAUGUGUAACGCAUCAA